UCCUGCCCCACCCGCCCAGGGCAUACCUGGGCAAAGGGAUUCAGACAAGCCAGCUCCUGCCCCCGUACUGACGUGCUGCGCCCCAGGGUGGGUCGCCUGUAUUCUGAGCAGUCCCAUGGGACAUCCUGAGAGAGAGGAUGGUGGAGUCCAGUGUCAGGACCUCAUCUGGCCCUUGGCUGAGACUUGGUGCAUGGUGACCUUCUCAAUCCCGUAUCUUGGGGGACCUGGAGCAGUCAGGCACUUCGAGAUGAGGAACUAGGGCCCCUGAGAAUGGGAGUGGGUGCACAGUGAUGCAGGAGGUGCCGCAGCUGUGCCCUGUGUCGUCCUUCUGUCCCUCUGCCUCGGCUACAGCCCAAGCCUUGCGGUGCCACCAGGGCCAGGGCUUCGGAGGGUGCUUCCACAAAUCCACGUGCCUGCCAGGCUCCAGCCACUGUGUCACCAUCGCCACCUGUGAGUCGGGGACAUGCAGGGUGGGCUGGCCAGCGGAGGAGACCCUGGCUUGGAGGGGCCAGAGCCUGAUCCAGAUGCCCAGCAAGUCAGGAGGAGAGCAGGGACAGCGCCCGCCACCUCAGUCCAGGAGAGAGCCUGAGCAAGGGGGUGGGGGGCAGACCUCGGCUUGGUGGCUGGGGGUGGGGGAUGCAGGCAGCUCAAAGCCUCAGGGAACCUGCAGAGCUUUUCUCCUGUCCACCCCAGGAGUCCACUCCAGCUUCAAGGACCUGCCUCUGGUCACCAAGAUGUGUUAUAGUGGCUGCCCUGACAUCUCCACCCUGGGCCUGGUCCCCAAUACGUCCAUCGCCUGCUGCCAUGCCAGCCUCUGCAGCCAUGACUGACUGCCUCCUCCACUCCCAGCUGGUCACACUGUCCUGCCUCCCAGAGCCCACAGACCAGCCCUGGACCUCAGGCAGCCACUGCUCCUGCCGCUCAGAAGGCAGCUGUGGUGGGGCACUGGGGCUGGGGGCCCAUGAGGAGCACCCCAACCCAGGGCAGGGGUCAGGCAGCUGGAGACUUAGGGGCUGUGCAGGAGUGGGUCAGAGGAAGGGGACAGGCCCUGGGGAGAGGGAGGGGCCUUUGGGGCAUAAGGAGGUGGGAGGGUGGCCGGAGGGUGAGCAGACAGGUGAGAGGGUGAGCCUGGAGGCAGCCCCCCACCACAUGCAAACACACGCGCACACAUGCACAUCAGCAAACAGUUGUGGCUCCGGAGAGCCUUGGGCUGCAAGGUGGAGCAGGACCCCAGCAAGGGAGAGCACACUUCUUCCCCAAGCACUCUGCCUGGCCCUCUCCUUGGCCUUUCUUAUUCUCACCUUGGGAACAUUCUCAUGGAAGAAAACAUGGAAAAGCCAACGCAAUCAGAGAGGUGCCCACCCAGGAGGCGUGCUGUCCCAGCAGAGAAUGACCCAGCAGGAGUGGCAGGGAGGGUCGUCGCGGGGGGUGGGGAGGCUGGGGAGGCCCCAGUAGGCCCCCAUGGAGCCGGGGCUGCUGACGGCUGCUCCUCACACUGGCAGGGCAGACGGAGCCCGGGGGUGGGCUCGGGGACCACCCCGAGGAGAUCACAAAGUCGGCUCCCACCUUCCCUCUCAUUGCAUGGAGAGGCAUUCCAAUUGAAUCAAAGAUUUAGAUCCAAAAAGAGACUUUUUAAAUGACAGUUCAGAUAGAAAAGAAAGACACAUUCUUCAAAUAAUUGAAACAGUUACCAGAUUCUGUCGUAGGUGUACCCGAGAGUCAGGACACACAAUGUUCACACACUUAUUCAUGGGUGUCCACAGCCCCACUUUUCAUAAUAGUCAAAACAUGGAAACAGCCCAGAUGCCCAUGAAUGAAUAAGCUGUGGUCCACCCAAAGCACGGGGUGCCACCUAGCCAUGAAAAGGAGCGAAGCCCCGACACGCUUCCACAGGCAUGAGGCCGGAAAGCGUGACGCUCAGUGCAAAGAGCCAGGCACGAUGACCACAUCCUCUAUGCCUCCACGUGUGCAGAGUGCCCAGAGCAGGCAAACCCACAGAGACAGGAGGUAGGUUAGUGGCAGCAGGGGGCUGGGGAUGACAGCCUAAGAGCAGGGGCCUUCCUUUCUGUCCCUGAAACCCAGUGGUGAGGGUACACGCCUCUGUGGAAUUGUACAGCACAUGCGGGACAUCAAUGAAGCUGUUACAAACUAAAAAGAAAAAAAGAAGAGCAAUUUUUAAAAAGGAAAACGACACAAAAUCCAGACUGAGAAAUAUUCAUGACUGCAUGAAACUGUAAAAGAAGUAUGUGAAAAAUACUAUAAACCAAACUAAAAAAUGGAAGGCAAAAUAGAAAAUAUUUGCCAUACAUAUGAAAAAGAGAUGAUUCUUUUCCUAUAUAAAGAAUGUUUACAAAUCCGCGAGCAGGGGCGGGGAGACCGGAGGAGCACAGCUCAGAGCCAGAUGGAAGGCACGAUGUUCCCACCCACAAGCAGCCACUAGGCCACGGGGCCAAAGGGCA